AUGCAUUCUAAACUUCACUGUGUAUGUACAACAAAAGAACAAUUAAAUAUCUUUGUGUACUGUGAAUCAAUCCUGAAUGCUAAUGUAGAUGUUAUAGUGAAUGCUGCAAGUGAAGAUUUAGGUCAUCGUUCAGGUGUGGCAGCAGUUAUAGCAAAAGCUGCAGGUCAAACACUAACUGAGGAAUCAAAAGCAUGUAUCGUAAAAUAUGGAAAGUUGAAGGUCACUCAAGUAGCCUUGACAUCAGCGGGCAAUCUUCAUUUCAGAUUUGUUCUGCAUGUUAUUGGGCCAAGAUGGAAGAAGUACCCAAACAAAAUUGACUGCCUUUCUGAUCUCAAGCAGACAAUCUUAAAUACCCUUGAAAUGGCGCAAAGAAAGGGAGCAACGUCUAUUGCCUUCCCAGCCAUUAGUGCAGAUGGUUUUGAAGUGCCAAAGGAACUGACUGCAGAAAUAUGGGCUGUUUCUGUUCAUGAAUUUAGCAAAGAUAAUGGAUUGAAGAGCUCGAUACGGGAUAUACAUUUUGUUGAUAUAGACCCAGACAUUGUACAGAAAACAAGAGAAGCUCUUGAAAACAUCGAAAAAAGUAAAAAUUUGAUUAACUUAGCCACAAUAAAGAAAAAAUACCCAUAUAUUCAGUGGACUACUCUAUCAAGUUCAGAAAGAACUCCAAGACUUAAAAAUUUCAGUAAAUUGGAUGUUCCGAAACAAACAUCAGCUGAAUAUGAAAACUUUGGUCUCAUCCAGGUAAACAGACCAAACAUCUCGACAGAAAGUGGAAGAUCUAGUGCAAAGCUAGUCAGACUUCCAGACACAACAAUAGCCCAUAUCCCUGUGAAAGGUUUUCAGUUCAGGAAUGGAUUAAUUGUCAAGAUUUACACUGGGAGUAUUGUGAAGUUCCAUGGAGAUGCCAUUGUUAUAAGAACUGACCCUACUUUAUCAGAUUUUGGAUUCUUGAGAAAUGCAGUCAGAAAAGCCGGAGGUCAAGAAUAUGAAAAAGAAUUUGAAAAGAUGAGAAGACUGAAAUAUAUUGCAAAAUUAGGCGAUGUCUUGCACUGCAAGGGAGGAACACUUGGAGCUAGAUACGUACUGCAUUUGGUUCUAUAUCCGUUAUCUUCUACGAAAGAUCGCAGAUUUGAAGAGUACAAGUCUUAUCUUAUGAGAGCGCUUGAUGAAAUAAGUUCUCGGUCCUGGAAAAAAGUCGCCAUUCCUCUUAUUGGAGCAGGUUUUAUCGAAAAGGAUAUGUUUGACCUUCAAAAAUGUUGCCAGGCCUGGUUCUCAGUUUUUUCAGACUUUGCUUCCACAAGAGAACAUACCUGCCAUAUUGGAGAGAUACAUCUUAUUAACCAUAACACGAGAAUUACCUCUUCCCUGAUUGAGGCUUUUGAAAUUAACAGCUGUGUGGUUGUUAACAAAUCUGCACAUGUCUUGAAUUUCAGGAGCGAUUCUGAAAUCAUCAACAAAAGAAGUAGCAAAGAAGACAGAGGGAAAUCCUUGAGAACACAUUUCUUUGAAGAUUUCAGCUCGCAAAGAGCAAGAUCUUGGGAUCGACUGGUGCAAUCAGAUGAAUCGCCUUUGUCGUUCGGUUUCGAAGAACAGCGACGUCAUAGUACUAAAGGAAACCAACCUGAAAACGGGACAAUGAAAUAUAAAGUUGAUAAGUAUUCUUCGUUGCCAGGAUACGAGAGCCAUGGAACUAUCAUAAUAAAGUACUACUUUCCAAAUGGAAUUCAAGGGCCAGAACAUCCCAACCCAGGACAGCCUUAUGAAGGAACUGAGAGACCAGCCUUUCUACCAGCCAAUACAGAAGGACAGAAAGUCCUAAGACUCUUACAAAAGGCGUUCGAUCGACGGCUCACCUUCACAAUUGGGUCUUCCAUAACCACAGGAAGAGACAACGUCAUCAUCUGGAACGGCAUUCAGCACAAAACCCACCGAAACACGGGAGCUCAAGCGUUUGGAUAUCCAGACUCCAGCUAUUUAAAGAGAGUACAACAAGAUUUGGCAGAGAAAGGCGUGACUGAGUAAAAGGGCGGACUGUGAUAGGAAAACGAGGAAAAACUUUCUAUUCUGUAAUAUGUUGAUGUUUUAGACGGUGUAUUGCAAAUUCCUUAACAACUUUUCU